CCACAAAUUUCAAUAAAAACCUUAUUUGGUGCAUUUAACUCAGCGGCAUUUCCGAUAUUGGAAGCACUUGCUGGAUUGGUUGGAAAGAAAACGAUGCUUGAAGCCUUGCGUUGGCAGCAAGCCGGUUUGGUGCGAUUGUUAGAGCCCGAAACUAACCCCAGAAAUGCGAGAAGAGCCGGAUAUCAACAAUUCCAAACUGUGGAUCGAUUGCCUACUGAAGAAAGUAAACAUAUUGAUUGUUCUGUACAGCCACCAUCACUUCGACCAACUGAAUCGUCGCCGGCCGAGUUGUCCUUCUUUGAGGUGACACCCAUGCGAGCCUCCCAUAAUGCCCACCAACUUCUCCCGAAUGUCAACUUCUGUUCAUGCAGAGACUUCCAGAACCAAGUGAUCAAACGGAAAAAGCGUAUCACCUGCUCCCAUGUUCUUGCUGUAUGGCUUUCCAGGUGCCUACAUUCCUAUACCCAUGUGGCUUGCUUAUGUGUUUUUAUUAUGUUUUUAUUGUUCACUGUGUUUUCAGAAGAAUGA